CCUGACGUUUCUAAGUCAGAAAGUCAAAGGGGAACUAUAUACUACAGUAACCAGGACUGGCCAGCAGGGAGCAAUAGGGAGGCAGUCACCGGGGCUAAGCCCGGAAGUAUUCUCCGGUCUGAAGUGAAGAUCAUGGCGCCAGUAGUACGGAUGACGGCCGUGGUGUCAGGGGAUACUAGCUGUGUGGUACUGUAAUGUAAACCCUUUCCAAGGAGACUUUUACGACUUGCGUCUCGCCCUGUGGCCCAGGUUGCCAUCUGCAAAUAGGAUGGAAGAUAAAGGUCCCCGUGUAGCAGAUUACUUUGUAGUGGCAGGACUGACAGAUACCUCUAAACUUCUGGACCAUGAUGUGGCCCGUUUGGAGACCAAAUCAGCUCGUCCCAAAUCUCCAAUUACAGAUCUUGUCAUCAUCAACCGGACAGCUGGUGAGGCAGUACCAGAGGGAUACACCUGUAUUGAACUCACGCCAACCAGUCUCCAGGCAAAUCUAAAUCAUGGCAGUAUAAAGAGUCCAGAGCUGUUUAUUUGUUACAAACGCGAGAAAGGGAAGGCACCACUCAUAGAUGUUGGAGUGUUGUAUGAAGGAAAAGAACGCCUUAUGUCUGGCUGUGAAACCAUUCAAGCAACACCAUACGGACGUUGUGCUAAUGUCAAUAACAGCUCAACAAGCUCCUCGAGAAUAUUCAUCACCUAUCGGCGGGCAGCGCCAGAUCGUACUCAAAACUCUUUAGCAGUUACAGACAUCUGUGUGAUCAUCACUAACAAAGGAGAAACUCCACCUCACACCUUCUGUAAGAUUGAAAAAAACCUCAAUGCUGGAAUGUGGGGGUCUAGUGUAUUCCUUUGUUACAAGAAGUCUGUUCCAGCAUCAAACGCUAUUGCAUAUAAUGCUGAUAUGAUCUUCAGAUAUCCAGAAGAAAAUUAUGAAUCAUUUCAUCUACCUGACUCUGUGCCUCUUUUCUGCCUUCCAAUGGGAGCCACAAUUGAAUGUUGGGCUCCUAAAAUAAAGUACCCCCUCCCUGUGUUUUCCACAUUUGUCCUAACUGGCUCUAAUGCUGAAAAGGUAUAUGGUGCUGCUAUUCAAUUCUAUGAACCUUACCCCCGGGAAAUGCUGUCUGAGAAACAGAUGAUCCAGCUAGGGCUCCUUACAGCAGUUGAGAAAAAAGUGCUGACCUCUAAAAUUAUCAACACCAACAAAUGUAUCUGCCUGCUCUCCCACUGGCCUUUUUUUGAGACGUUCCGCAAAUUUUUAAUGUUCAUCUACAAGCUCUCCGUAUCUGGCCCACACACCCUUCCCAUUGAAAAACAUAUAUCCCACUUCAUGCACAAUGUUCCCUUCCCAUCACCUCAGAGGCCAAGAAUCCUGGUUCAGCUCUCUGCGCAUGAUGCUCUGGUUCUCUCCCAGCCUGUGUCAACACCUUUGCCUUUGAGCGGUGCAAACUUUAGUACCUUACUAAUGAGCUUGGGACCAGAAAACUGUGCUACGUUGUUGCAUUUUGUCCUCCUAGAAAGCAAGAUACUUUUGCACUCCCUUAGGCCAGCAGUUCUGACUGGAGUAGCAGAGGCCGUUGUAGCUAUGAUAUUUCCUUUUCAGUGGCAGUGCCCUUAUGUCCCUCUGUGCCCAUUAUCUCUGGCAGGAGUGCUCAAUGCCCCACUCCCUUUUAUUGUUGGAGUAGAUUCCCGAUACUUUGACCUGUCUGACCCUCCCCAGGAUGUAGUCUGCGUUGACUUGGAUACUCGUAUGAUCUACAUGUCAGAGGAUAAGAGAAACUUAAGCUGGAAACAACUUCCAAAGAAACCAGUUAAGAGCCUCCUCAGUAUUCUAAAAAAGCUCCAUCCCCAGCUGUUGACAGUCCACCGACAAACUCAGGAGAGUGCAAUAGAAAUGACUCCCAUCGAAGCUGACUUCUCCUGGCAAAAGAAAAUGAGGGAGCUUGAAAUAGAGAUUCAAGAGGCAUUUCUCCGUUUCAUGGCAUCAAUACUAAAAGGCUACAGGACUUUCUUGAAGCCCAUCACAGAGGCGCCAUCAAAGAAGGCCACUGCUGCAGAAUCUCUCUUUGAUCGUCAAGGUUUUCUGAGAAGUAGGGAUCGUGCUUACAUGAAGUUUUACACACCCUUAAUGACAACACAGAUCUUCAUCCGUUUCAUUGAAGAGUGCAGCUUUGUUAGUGACAAAGACACCAGCCUGGCUUUUUUUGAUGACUGCAUUGAAAAGCUUUUUCCUGACAAAGGGAAUGAAAAGGGAGACAAGGUAGACCAGGAAUUCCCAGAGGACACCCGUUUGAUAGAGCUGGAUGAGUCUCAGAAAAGUGAGCACACGGUAUUUAUAAUGCCACCUGAGCCGCUACCAGAGGAUGGUCCUGAUCCAGCUCCAAAAUAUAGCUACAAAAGCUUUCCAAGGCUUGACUAUGCCCUUUUUGAUCGGACACGUGAGCAGUAUCUGUCCUUCAAUGGAAAUCCAAAAGCAAAGAAAGUGGCAAGCAGCCCUACCUUUAUUGCUAAAAGGACCAAACAGGAGAUUAAAACUGCACAUAAACUAGCCAGGAAGCACAGCACCAAUGCGAAUAGUUGGCCCAAAAACUUGUUCAGCCAGUGUUUCAGUCUGUGGUUCAUCUGUCUACCGGUGUACGUCAAGGUCUCUCACUCAAAGACUCGAGCACUUCAGAAAUCCUAUGAGGCUUUGGUAAAAAUGAGGAAGACUGAGGUGGAUCCACUGGAUGAGGUGUGUUACAGAGUUGUAAUGCAGCUGUGCGGUCUAUGGGAGAACCCUGCUUUGGCUGUAAAGGUCCUAUUUGAAAUGAGAAAUGCUAAAAUUCAGCCCAAUGCGAUUACGUAUGGUUAUUAUAACAAGGUUGUGCUGGUGAGUCCAUGGCCAAGCAGUAAACGCAGUGGGAAUUUCCUUUGGACAAAGGUCCGGAAUGUGGUACAAGGUUUAUCUCAGUUUCGAAAACCAGUGAAGGCAAAAUUGGUCCCCAAAGCUUUGUCAAUACCAGCUUCUCAGAGUGCUGCACGUAGAAGUGAUUUGGACAUGGUGAGCCAUCUUGGCGUGGAUAAUUCUAAUGAUGCUAACUCUGGGGAGCACGUUGUCUUCGUGCGGGAUCUAAUCAGACUUGAUUCUACUGAUAAGCAUUCUAGUACAGGGGAUCAGGUCAAUGAGGUGCCAGGAUCCAAAGAUGAACUUCCCAAAAAAAGCACUUCAAUUCAUGAAGAGCCGAAAGCUACAGUAGAAACUGAUACUUCACAGUUAAAUCACAAUUCAGUGCAAAAUGGAAACACACUCCAAUCUGCUGAUGUAAUAGUAAAUUCUGAUGGCCAAAGUGAAAAUCCAUCGAUAAUCCCUGAGGUUAGAAGGUCACCAGAAUCUCCUCCGUGUGGAAGCAGCAUUGUUAAAGUGCCCUCUGGAAUCUUUGAUGCUACUGGAAGAAAAAGCAGUAGUGGAAAUGUACCAAUUCCUCUGCCCACUUUUCAGGAUUGUGGAGAUGAUUCAGUGUUUAUCAGUGAUGCUCAGGCUAAGAAGUCAGGAGAUAAGGUCCAGAAGAGACAUAAGAUGUUUGCUGAGAGAAGCUGCAGUUUUAGUACAGACAGUCGUGCAGGCAUGAUGCUGAAGAAAGGUAGUCUUGAAAUGUCCACUAAUGAAAUUGCUAUGAAGAUGGCAGCUGAUGCCAAGAUACUUACUGCAGCAUUAUCAAAGACACCACCCCAUCCACAGACUAGCAAUGAAUUUAGUUUUGAUGCUAUAGACAGCCCAGCUCCUAGUCAAAAAGCUGAAAGUCGGACUUGUGAUCCAGAAAUCCCUGUCAUGCAGACUCCAGAGAAUGUGGGUGAGGAAAUUUUUGACCCCUUAGCUACUGUUAAAGAGGAAGCUACAUCAGAAUCACCUGAGUGUAUAAACAGUGAAAACAAGAAUGAAAUGACUUCUUCUGUGAAGGACACAGACGAACCAAACAGGAGACAUAGUUUUUAUGAACUUCCCAAAACUUUAGAAAGGGAAGGAGUGGAGAAAGGGCUUGAUCCAUUAUCACUGCUGGCAUCAGAAUCUGUGGAAGAUGAUCUCUCUCCUGCUGAGGAGAAAACUAUCUCCCCUGUGGUAGCACGUAACCUAGCUGAUGAAAUUGAAAGUUAUAUGAAUCUGAAAAGCCCCCUUGGAAGUAAAUCUUCUAGUAUGGAACUUAGAAGCAAGGAUUCUGCUAAAGAAAGUGGGAAUCCUAGCCAAAGCACAAUAGAAAGGAGAUCUAGUCUGCCUACUGACUCCAUCCCUCCCCCGGACUUGCAGGGUGAAAAUCAGAAAAACUCAGUAUCCAGGUCCAAAACAUUUACAACAACUCCAAAACAUCACCAAAAAACCCAAACUGCACGUUCACUCUCACUAACAGCACUUGUUCGUAACAGUCAGCAUGGUUCACUGGGUUCAGUGGUAAACUCCAUUCCUGGACUUAAGUUUGACAACCUUUUGACUGGGCCCAAAAUGGACGUGCUAAAGUCUAGUAUGAAGCAAGCCGCUAAUGUAGCCAGCAAAGUGUGGGGAGCAGUGGCGUCUGCAUAUAGCUACUCUGAUGAUGAGGAAGAAGGUAAUAAAGAUAAUUAUCAAUUUCCUUUGAACAUUGAAAACCAAGAUAUAGGUGACAACUCUGCUUCCAAGUACGGCUUUCGGAGACUUUCUGUAAGCAGCUUGAAUCAAAGCAACACCAGCCUGGGCAGCAGCAGCAGUGGUGGCACAAGUAAACAGAGCGGCAUUAACAGUGAGUCUACACCAGGUAAAGGUGUAAAAGGGUUGGAGUCUGAGAAGUCAGAGCAUGGAUCAUCUCUAAAUACCAGCUUAUCAAGUAUCUUUCAGAACUGUGCAAUGGAAGUACUGAUGUCAAGUUGCUCGCAGUGCCAAGGCUGUAAGGCUUUAGUUUAUGAUGAAGAGAUCAUGGCGGGAUGGACUGCCGAUGACUCAAAUUUAAACACCACAUGUCCUUUCUGUAAAGUCACCUUUCUGCCUUUUCUUAACAUUGAAUUCAAGGACCUGCGUGGUUCUGGAAGUUUCUUUCUCAAGCCUAGUAACUCAGGUGAUAGCCUAUUAAGUAGUAACCAUCAGACGACCACUGAGACUUCUCAGCACCAAAAGAACUUUACCCCUCCUGGCAGUGACCUGAUAGACUUGUCAGACUCCCUUUCUCCACUUAUAGCAGUAGCACAUGACAGGAAGCCUGGAGAUAACAGUGAUAGUCACAAUGAGGGCAAACUGAAACAUUUGAACAGUGACAGUGCAACAAAGAGAGUUGCAUCAUUGACAAGGAGUCACAGUGUGGGAGGACCUCUCCAGAAUAUUGACUUGCCCCAAAAGCCAUUGCAUGGUGUGUCCACUGUCAGCUUACCUAACAGCCUGCAAGAAGUGGUGGAUCCUUUGGAAAAGAAACACAACCCUCCCCCUGUUUCAGUCCCGUACCUUAGCCCUCUAGUCUUGCGUAAAGAGCUGGAGUCUUUGCUGGAGAAUGAGGGCGAGCAAGUUAUCUAUACAUCCACUUUUAUAAAUCAGCAUCCGAUUAUAUUCUGGAACCUGGUGUGGUACUUUAGGAGACUGGAUUUACCAAGCAAUCUGCCCGGACUAAUCCUGACAUCAGAGCAUUGCAAUGGAGGUGAACAGGUGCCCCAGUCAUCACUAUCACAAGACAACAAACUUGUUUACAUCCAGUUGUUAUGGGAUAAUGUCAACCUCCACCAAGAUCCUGGAGAGGCCCUUUAUAUGAAAUGGCGGACCUUAGAAUCUAUAAAAAAGACAGGAGCUUCCAUACCAAAAGACUUGCAAGAUAUCAGCCACUUACUUGAGAGUAUCACUCUCAGCAUCCAGCACAAUGAUGUACUUAGGCCUAUAGGCUUGUUGCUGCAAAAAUUUUCUUUAGCUGGCAAAAGACAAAGGAGCGUUUACAGAGAAAUAUUAUACCUGUCUUUGGUUGCUCUUGGUCGAGAAAACAUUGAUAUCGAGGCCUUUGAUAAUGAAUACAGAAUUGCCUAUGAGAAACUCCCUUCUGACCUUUUGAAGAAAAUGCAGAAGAUGGAUGUGCCUCCAAGCAAGAAUGUGGAGUGCUGUCGGAAUGUCUUUGGGGCACCCUUGAUUUGAUGACAACUUCAAGGAGAAUUCUUGUGUAUCAUUCCAUGGAUUUAUUACACCACUGCAAGUCAUAAACAAUAGGUCUAUCAGUUCACCAAGUGUGAGGACUGGAUACACCCUCCAUGGACAAGGAUGCAUGUAAACCCUCCACUACUGUUUUUAUUCUCUGUUUGUUUCAUUGUGGACCUAGUGGAGUUGUGAGUACUUCACUCUUAUCUGUGGCACCUUACAGUUUGUUGUUUAACUGCAAGAUUACAUAUUUAACAUGCAUUUCAAGUGUAGAUCAUCUCCAGAAGCCAGCGCCUAGUACACCCUGCUAGGAGUAUACAGCUGUUGUAUUUUUUAUUAUUUUUUAUAAAUGUGUGUAAACAAAUGAAUGCUUAGCUAAGAACAGUGAAAUGUAAGUUAUCUCUUACACUGCCAGGUUUGCUCACCACAUAUCUAUAUGAGUAAUGAAAUGAACCCUGAAUAGAGUAUAGAAACCGGAACAUGUUCCAUCUCAACAAGUGCUUUUCUUCUUGACUUGGUUCAAAGUGUAUAUUUUUCACUUCUGUCUACCCUAUGAAACAACCUAAGAUUACUUUGUAGAAAGCACUUUUCAGAGGAACAGGUUCUUCUUAUCGUUGACAAUCUUCCAAAAACUUGAUAACUCUGGUGCACCCAUGGAAGAGCAGGGACAAUCUAUUCAGGUGACCUGUAUAGCAAAUGUUCCAGAGGGGCAUUUUCUAUGUUGUAAUAUCUUUGUAUGAACCAAACAAUUUUUAAUUACACAAAGAACAUUGUUUAGAUAUUUUACUGACUGUUAUGCCGUAUAUUUUCUCCUGUCUAGUAUCAGGGGACCCUCCCCCAAAUGACUGACACUCCAUCCCCCCAAAAAAGCACAACAAGGUUAUAUUUUUCUUGUCAAAUUAUGAGAUAUAUAAACUGAGGGAAAGGUCUAUGUAAGCUAUUAAAAUAAGGUUGUGUGUGUCUUUUUUAGCAUUACAUUAAGCAGUCACUACAUUGACUGGUUUGAAGAACACCAUAUUUACCACUGAUGGCCAUUUAUGCUGAGAUAAUUCGGCUGAUACACACUGUAUCAAGAAUUAUCAGUUCAGUUCAGUGGACACUUCUAAUCAUUAAUAAAAAGCAUGUAUUAGUAUAAAACAUCUCAUCAUUCCUGAGGAGCAGAUCUCCUCUAAGUGCCUUAUAGUCAGUCUGAGUAGAGUAAGGGUACAUUUACCCAAAUACAGGAAUUGCUGCAGAUAUCAAUAUAACUAAAUGACUGAACACAGCAUCAAGUCUGCAGCUCAUCCUCCAUGUAUGAAUGUACCCUAAAGCUGCCUAUUGACAUGCUUAGCUUGCAUGAUGGAGAAUGUAAAUCCUAUGGGACAGGGGCAGACGAGGUUUGCUACAUGCUUUUGGGGAUUGCUGACAGCCAUGUCAUCAAACAUAACAAUUCAAAUUGUCAGAUUUAAUCCCUCAGAAAUAAGGGCAUACUAAGACUGACAUGAAGAACGUGUUGACCAAACAUGACAAAAGUGUUCAUUGCACUGGGUCUCACUCCUAAGACUUGCUGGGAUCACUAGGUUUAAGCUGGGGAAGUUUAUGGCAGUGCACCCCUCACUCCUUGACUGUCAAUUAGAGAUGAGCGAACUUACAGUAAAUUCGAUUCGUCAGGAACUUCUCGGCUCGGCAGUUGAUGACUUUUCCUGCAUAAAUUAG